AUGGAUUUCCAGAAUAAUCUGCAGCCUGAAUUGGGGAAAUUGGAACAGAUUGUUUAUCAAUUUCUUCUGAAGUCUUUACACGUAAUUUUGGAGUCAAGGGUACCGUUGUUACGCCAACACGAUAGAAGUGGUGACCUGUCGGCGGUUUCUCGUGCGAGGAGGAGUGACAAAUGGUUUAAUUUCGCCUUAGGUGAUAGACCGUCUGCUCUUGAUAACUUGAACUUCUGGCAUAGGAAUUUGAUGGAUCCGAUGAUAAUUGAUAUUAUACUAGUUCAUGAAGAGAAUGGUUGUUCGGUUGAGACGGUAAUAGAGAGGUGGAAUGUUCAAUAUGAAUGUCCGAGAAAUUUGUCUCCUCAAACUAGUGACACCACUCUCUCUUUCAAGAAAACGUACCAGAAAUCGAUUAUACUGUUUCGCGCUCUUUAUUCUCAAAUGCAGCAUCUCCCAACUCAUAAGAUUUUUAAGCAACUAAGUGCACCGAAUCGCACUUGUAAUUUUGAUAUUGUUUACAAGGUUUCUUCCUUUAGUGAUCCGUUUUCUAGGGAAGAAGGAGCGAUGAUGGGAGAAUAUGUCUUCACGCCAGUUGACGCGCUUCCAGGUCGCCUUAACGUAUCUGUGACUUACCGUACUACAUUUUCCGAUUUCAACCUUGAGUGUUCAACAUCAUUACCAACAAAAAUAAUCACCGAUUAUGUUGGAAGUCCGAAUACUGAUCCUUUGAGGUAUUUCCCUUCUUCAGGAAAGGGUGUCCGUGCGCCUCCGUCUUCUAUGCCACUUGAUCGUCCUCAUAGCUGGACGCCUGGAUUUCAUAAAGCAGCGCCUUUUGUACCGAAUCAUCAGUAUGUUGGACCACAACUGGUGCAUCAUGGUUCUCUCAAGCCAUAUAAUUUUCCAUCUUCACCUAUUGAUAAUUUCAAUAUCAGAUAUCAUAACAAUCGAAUGCAAAGCCAGUCAAGGUCUCCGAGUUACGAUGAGUAUCCGCUUUCUCCUCCGUUCUCAUCCUCACUGUCUCCAUCACCACCUAUUCAUAUUGGCAACACAAUGCAUACCCGAAUGCGCUCUGAAACCGCUCCUGUGACUAUACCUCAUCCAAUAAUAAGCAGAAGCUCUAGAAACCUUUCUCCUAAUUUUUCAGAUCCUAAUAGAAACUCCCUGCCACCUUUAUCCCCUAGAAGGUAUGAUGCAUCGUCACAUGAAUCUCCAUCAGGAAUCAGGUCACUCCGGAGAGUAGAAUCUCUAAAGAUUGGUCAAAAGAUUGUACGAGACAGCAAGGAUGAUUCAGGGCGAUUCUCAGGAUUAUUAUCGUCAAGUGACUCACCACGUGUUGGAGUUUCUACAACCUCAAGUAGAUUAUCUUCUCAGGAUGACUUGGACGAAGGUGACUUUUCGUGUCCUUUUGAUGUUGAUGAUGUCGACCCUCCAGAUGUUCUUUCGAGCCACAAUGUGGAAGGAAAGAGUGCUUUGGGGUCGCCUUCGACAUCAUUACCAACAGGGAGAAAAUCACAAGAUGCUGCUGUUGGUGUUCUUGUGCAAAUGCUUAGAACAGCGCCUCCUUUGCGCCAAGAUUCAAGUUGUUAUUCAUCGCAUUCCCUGAAAGCUGAACUUGACAGAGGAGUUGCUGCUGAUUCCGGAUUCUUCAUCCCUCGAAAGACAACUGACGCACUCGAAGAGCUCAGGAGUUAUAGAGAAAUGAGAGACCUUCUUGUUUCUAAGAGCGGUGCUCGGUCCUGA